AUGCUUCUAGACACUACCGAAGAAUGUUUGAAUGGCCUUAUAAAUGAAGGAAUUUCUACUACUUCGUGGGAUCCAGUUAUUAUUCAUCAUGUGGUGCAAAAAUUAGAUUUCGAGAGUCACAAGUCAUGGGAAGAACACGCUUAUAAAUUGAAACCUAAUGAAUUACCUAGUUGGCGUGACUUGAAACAAUUCCUAGAAGGGAAAUUUAGAACACUGGAGCUGGUUACUAACACAAACAAUCCGAUAACUUCCAUCACAAGAGAGAAGACUCAAGCAUUUAAGGGCAAGUCAUUUCACGUAGCGGCCGCAGCAACAUCUUCGGUCCAGACCUGUAUUAACUGUAAUGAAGACCAUACCUUAAGUCACUGCAAGGUAUUUGGUAAACUGCAGCCGCGGGAAAGAAGUGAAUUUGUAAGAAACAAAAGCCUAUGCUUCAAUUGUUUAGCUGAAGGUCAUUCAGCAUGGAAAUGUCGUUUGCCGGUUACCUGUCGUAUCUGUAAGAGAAAACACCACACUUUGCUUCACGAAAAGAGGGAAUCCCAAACUACAGACAAUGUACAAACUCACUACAGCCAACUUGAUGACACAAAAGAUGAACAACAGGAAGACGAAGAAACAAACGACGCAAUAGCAACUCAUUUCACAGCGAAGAAGUCUACAGCUUUGCUCGCUACCGCAUUGGUCCCUGUAAGAGAUGAGAAAGGAUAUGUAACAAUAUUGCGCGCGUUAGUAGAUCCGGGAUCCCAAGCUAAUUUCAUUAGCGAAAGAGCAACUCAAACAUUAAAAGUAAAGAGAACAUCGGCUAAAGGAAACAUCACAGGUGUGGGUUCAACCAAGACUACAGUUAAGCACGUGGUACAGCUGGAACUUUUAUCCAAUCAUGAUGAUACGUUCAAGCUCGGUAUGAAAGCCUAUGUUAUGGCCACACAAUUGACCACACACCUGCCAACAAAGACUAUUAAGAUACCAUCAAACAAUUGGACACAUUUACGAGGACUCACCUUAGCUGAUCCCAACUUUAAUGAAGUAGGAAGAAUCGACCUUCUUCUUGGUGUUGAAGUUUGUUCCCAAAUUUUGAAGAAUGAAUUAAUCAAAAGUCCCCUAGGGUCACCAUGCGCUCAAAACACACACCUUGGUUGGAUCUUAUUUGGAGCAAUACAAGACACAUCUUCCUCUGAAGAAAUAAUUGUCAUGCAUCAUCAGCUAGACAUAGACAACAUGCUGAAGAACUUUUGGGAAAUAGAGCCUGACACAAAGAAGAAAUAUACAAAGGAGGAAGAGAGAUGUGAACGUCUAUUUGAAGAAACAUAUAGUAGACAAGAAGAAGGGAGAUACGUGGUAAAAUUACCAUUUAAGACUGAUAAUCCUCAAUGUCGAAACGGAAACACUAGAGAGAUAGCUAUUAGAAGAUUAGAACAAAUAGAAAAAAGAUUUAGGAAGGACAAAUUAUUGAAGGAAGAAUACACAAAAGUAUUUGUAGAAUAUAAAACAUUAAAUCAUCUAGAAGAAGUUCCGGAAAAUGAAAAGAACAAUCCAGCAGUAUAUCUUCCUCACCACGCAGUGAUAAAACUAGAUAGGGAUACGUCUAAGGUCCGUAUAGUGUUUGAUGCAUCAUCAAAAGGUUCAAAUCACGUAUCUCUUAACGAUGAACUGAUGGUUGGACCACAAAUACAGGAAGAUAUGAGAUCGCUUAUUAUAAGGUGGAGAAUGAAACGAGUUUGUUUUACGGCAGAUGUCCAAAUGAUGUAUAGGCAAAUUUUAGUAACAAAAGAAGACGCAGACUUUCAACGUAUCCUCUGGCGAGACUCCACUGGAACAAUAAAAGACUAUCGCCUUUUAAGAAUUACUUUCGGCACAGCUUGUGCUCCUUACUUGGCGGUGAAGACGCUCCAACAAAUCGCAAAAGAUGAAGGCAAGGAACAUCCAGUGGCAGCAAAAACGAUCCACGAAGACUUUUAUAUGGAUGACUUGAUGUCUGGAUCAGAUACUGUGCCUGAAGCUUUAGACACAGCGAUGAAUAUAGCUGAAAUUCUUAAAAGAGGAGGUAUGAAUCUACAAAAAUGGACAUCUAAUAGCUCAGAAUUUCUUAAACAGAUUAAGCCGUCUAACAGAAGUAUAAAAGUAAAAUUAGAUAUCAAGUUAGAUGGGAUGACGAAAGCACUUGGAGUUUCCUGGAAUAUGGGGGAAGACGUGUUUCAGGAUGAUGAAGACAUUCAGAGGGAGCGGAGGGCGUUGUCAGUCAGAGCGAACAUGCUUGCCCGCAGAUUUGCGCGCUGCACGAGGGAAGUCAAAGUCACCCUGUUUAAAGCUUACUGCUCUUCUUUUUAUACGUGUGCACUGUGGGCAAGAUAUACUCAAAAAUCUUACAACGCCCUUCGUGUUCAAUGCAACAAUGCGUUCAGGAUGCUGAUGGGGCUGCCUCGCUUCUGUAGCGCAUCAGGGAUGUUCGCAGAUGCACGUCUAGACUGCUUUUACGCAAUUAUGAGGAAGAGAUGUGCGUCCUUGGUGCGCAGGGUGCGGGAGAGCAACAACAGCAUCCUGCGCAUGGUGGCGAGCAGGCUGGAUGGCCCAUUUGUCAACCAUUGCUGCACUAUUGCCGGGGGGAUGGUGCAGAAAUGGGCUGAACAAUGA